AUGUUGUUUCGUCUCUUGAAUUUCCCUUCAUUCAUUCUGUUCAAAAAACCAUUCUCCACAACCAAAACCAUAACCAUUCACUUCACCAAGUUCGCCUUUUCAUCCUCUGCUGUCGCAAUCUCAAAUUUCUCAGAUACCCAUUUCACAAAACCCUCAAAAAUCUCAUCUUUUCCCCCAAACACCUUCCAAAUCCUCCAAAAACUCUACCUUUAUCAAAACAACCCUUCUCUUGCACUAUCUUACUUCACUCAACUCAAACACCAUUCUUUCUCUCAUAAUAUUCAAACCUAUUCUUCAAUCAUUAGUAUAAUGUGUUAUUGGAAUUGCAUUAGAAAGUUGGAUUCUUUGUUCAUUGAUAUCAUUGCUCAUUCCAAACAAGACCCUUCAUUCAAAAUCAAUGACUUGUUUAAUUCACUCUUUGAAAAUGUUGAUAUUGAGGAUAAAUAUCAUUACUUGUUUAGAGCUUUUGAUGGGUUUGUUAAAGCUUGUGUUAGUGUUAAUAUGUUUGAUGAAGCUAUUGAUUUCUUGUUACAAACCAGGAAGAAGGAUGUUGUGAUUUUGCCUAAUGUACUUUCUUUUAACUUUCUUGUUAAUCGGUUGGUUAUACACAAUAGAGUCGAUACAGCAUUGUUUUUAUUCGAUAAGUUCAAGAGUUUUGGUUUGAUAUUCAAUUGUUAUACAUAUGCUAUUAUCAUCAAAGCGCGAUGUAAGAAGGGUGAUUUGGAAAACGCGUUUGGUGUGUUUGACGAAAUGAAGGAAGUUGGGGUGAAUCCUGAUUCGUAUUGUUAUGUGGUUUUGAUUGAGGGAAUGUGCAACAAUCAUAGGUCUGAUUUGGGAUUCGAGAUGCUCCGACAGUGCAGAACGAUGAACAUUGUUGUAGAUGUUUAUGCAUAUACUGCGAUUAUUCGCGGGUUUUGUAAUGAAAUGAAAUUAGAUUUAGCCGAGAGUGUGUUUUUGGAGAUGGAAAAGGAAGGGCUUGUUCCUGAUGUGUAUAUUUAUUCUGCAUUGAUCCAUGGUUAUUGUAAGAGCCGUAAUUUGGAUAGAGCUUUAGCCGUACAUGAUAGCAUGAUUUCAAAAGGUAUAGAGACAAAUUGUGUUAUUAUUAGUUGCGUCCUCCAUUGCUUGGAUGAGAUGGGAGAGGCGUCGGAAGUGGUUGCUAGAUUUGAAAAACUCAAGCAAUCGGGUGUGUUUCUUGACGGGGUAGCUUACAAUAUUGUAUUUGAUGCUUUGUGUAAAUUGGGUAAGGUGGACGAUGCAAUAAAUAUGCGGGAAGAUAUUAUUGAUUUAGAUAUCAAACACUACACAACACUCAUCAAUGGAUAUUGUCUCCAGGGUAAGCCUGUUGAAGCCCUAAGUUUAUUUAAAGAAAUGGAGGAAAAGGAUUUGAAAACCGAUGUUGUUACUUAUAAUGUACUAGUUUCUGGGUUGUUUAGAAAUGGCUGUGCUUGCGAGGCGAUUGAUCUUUUGGAAUAUAUGGAUAGUAAAAGUGUGAAUCCGAACUCUGUUACGCACAAGGUGAUCAUUGAAGGUUUGUGUUUGAUUGGCAAGAUUGAAGAAGCUGAGGCAUAUUUUAACGGUUUGAGAGAUAAAAGCGUUGAAAUUCUUUCCGCUAUGGUUAAUGGAUAUUGUGAAGCUGACCUUAUUGAGAAAGCUGUUAUGUUGCUAGACACAAUGUUGAAGAUGAACGGAAAGCCUAGCAAAGAAACGUGUUCUAAAAUAUUUACUGCAUUGUGCUGCACGGAGAAUAUGAAAUGUGCUCGCUCUUUGUUUAAUUUGUUCGUCGAGAGAGGAUUUACACCCGAUGUUGUAAUUUACACAAUGAUGAUUCAUAGUUAUUGUAAGAUGAAUUGUUUGCAAGAGGCCUAUGAGCUCUUUCAGGAUAUGAAGAUAAGAGGGAUCAAGCCUGAUGUCAUUGCAUACACAGUUAUACUCGAGGGUUUAUUGAACGGGGGGCACGCGAAGAUAGCUGUGGAGUUGUAUAACGAAAUGUGUUUCAAAGGAAUGACACCAGGCACAACUUUAAAACGUUGUGUUCAAAAAGCCAUAAAGAUGCAGUUUCAUCGGUAG